AUCGGUUCUUCAAUAGUCCGUUGCCAGUGGACUGGCGAAGGCCAAGGUCUGAUAUCUUCUUGUUUUCUGCACACUCGCUCGCGUUACUAUUUCCGAUACACACAUCGUUUUACACGUAUUACCGUGUAAUAUUUACUACUCAGCGGUAUACACACAAGUUUUUGGUUCUCCGGCAUCGCCGUAAUACAUCACAUAUUUACACCAUCGGUACGCGAGUGCCCGUUUUUCGCGUAUAUUUUUUUAUAAAAAUAAAAUAAUUAAAAUAAUAUCGAUUCUUAAAAAUUAUCGACCGAGUUCAUUUUGUGCGCCGUUUUCGCUCAACAACACCGACUACAGCCAGCAGCGGUCCCGUCCGUCGCGCCAACUCCGGUGCUUCAGCCGACGCAGUCAACGCCCCGUUUCAAAUGGGCAAGACCUUCAUGAGCGCGCUGUACGCGUGCGUCAUGAUGCUGACGGUGGCUUCGGCCACGUCUCUGCAAGACUGCGAAGCCGACAUGACGGGGUUCGAGUUGGUUACCGGGUACGUGUUCACGGCGCCCGACGACCUGCUCGACAGUAUACCGGGCACGCUGAUGCUGACCGACUGCCUGGAGGCCUGCCAGUCAAACGACACGUGCUACUCGGUCAACUACGAGACCGGCCUGUGCGUGAUGUUCUCGUCGAACGCGGACGCCUAUCCAGGAGCACUGAGCAAAUCACAGUUUCCAGUGUUCACGAUUUACGCGCAAAAGACAUGUCUAGGUAUCAAGCCUUGCGAAAGAGCUUGGUGCUUCGAUAGAGUACAAGGUUAUAAGCUCAAAGGUUUUGGCAAGAAAAAAUUAUCCGCAUCAUCCAGACAAGAUUGUUUAGAACUAUGUCUAGGCGAAAGAGAAUUCUCCUGCCGGUCAGCAAACUAUAACAACAGCACUGCCGAGUGCGAACUUUCGGACAUGGACAGGUUGACGGUAGCCGGUCAGGGGGUGUUCGAACCGGCCAGCGGGAUGGAUUACUUGGAGAACAACUGUGUGGACGAGCCCAUAAAACUGUGCGAGUUCAAAAAAUUCCCCGGCCGCAUACUAAAGACCGUGGACUCCGUGUAUCAAGACGUCGGAUCGCUAGACGACUGCCGGGAACUGUGCCUCAACUCGCCGUACAGGUGCCACUCGUACGAUUACGGUGAUACCGGCGAAUUCGUCUGCAGGCUCAGCCAUCACUCCCGGGCUACACUGGCCGACAUACAGGAUCCCUACCUAGAGGUACCAGAAGCAUCUACUUACGAGCUCAACUCUUGUUACAACAUAAGUAUCGAAUGCCGCUCAGGAGACAUGGUUGCUAGGAUUAAGACUAGUAAAUUAUUCAAUGGAAAAAUUUAUGCUAAAGGAAAUCCAAACUCUUGCGUUCAAGAUGUAAGAGGAAGUUUGGAUUUUGAACUUGAAAUGGCUUACGAUGACGUAGAAUGUAAUGUAAAACAACAAGGUUUGGGUAGAUAUAUGAAUGACGUAAUUAUUCAACACCACGACACCAUAAUCACCAGUUCCGAUCUUGGAGUUGCCAUCACAUGUCAGUACGAUUUGACAAACAAAACGGUUUCAAAUGAAGUAGACUUGGGUAUACAGGGAGAUUUAAAACCAGCUAUGACGGAAGAAGUCAUCGUGGACUCUCCGAACGUUGCUAUGAAGAUAACAGACCGUCAAGGAGCUGAUGUAAAACCUUCUGCUGAAGUAGGAGAUCCGUUGGCUUUAAGAUUUGAAAUAUUGGAUCAAAACAGUCCUUACGAGAUAUUCGUCAGAGAACUAGUAGCAAUGGACGGUGUCGACUCUAGUGAAAUCGUAUUGAUUGAUGCUGAUGGAUGUCCAACUGAUCACUUUAUUAUGGGCCCUCUAUAUAAAUCGGCAGAUACAGGAAGUGGAAAGAUUCUUUUAUCAUAUUUUGAUGCAUUUAAAUUCCCUUCAUCCGAAGUAGUCCAAUUUAGAGCCCUGGUUACACCUUGUAUGCCAACCUGCGAGCCUGUUCAAUGUGAUCAAGAAGAUGCAUCGGGAGAACUCAGAUCUGUACACUCGUUCGGAAAGAGAAGGCGUCGAAGAUCAACCAAGAGCACUUCAGACGCAAGAGACGACUUGCUACUUGUGCAGAGCAUUCAAAUCACCGAUAAAUUUGGAUUCGGUGCACAACAAGCAUCACCCGAAAUGAAACCAACUGACGCAACAACAUACAGUAUAAAACACCAAGACUACAAUAUCGAUAGUUUAUGCGUUAAUUUGUUUGGUGUUAUAAUAUCGUGUCUUGUGUUUCUGGCCGUUCAAGUCGCUGUGUUAAUAGCUUGGGCGUAUGUUUGGAACAAAAAAAGACAAGUCGAUAAGUAUCAUCAAGAUGGGCUUUCAGUAAGUAUGAGCAUACCAGUUGGACGGACAGACAGCAUGUGUAAGCUGUACGAUUCGGGGUAUGCAAAACGAUACUAAGGGAUAAUAUUCCUUAAUGAGACAGUUUGCCAUGACAGAUUUUUAAUCUAAAUUAGCUAGAAACAAAUUAUAUAUUUGUUAAUCAUAUUGAUAAACAAUCUUUUUGAAGUGACAUCGCGCUCAAAUAGCCUUAACGGUCCAAAUAAAUUUAAUUUAGUAUAAUUUUUUAUUUUAAGACCGUUAACUUUUAUAUAGGCUAGUAAGUUUGACUUUUAAGUUUUAACAUUAUCAGAUUAUAAAUAUAAUCAAAACAAUUAAAAAUAAUUAAUUUUUUCGAUCAUUUAU